AUGGCAGUGAACUGGAUCGGACUCUUGUCCAUUGGAGUGUUUUACAUCAUAGUGCUUAGCAUGGGAAUUUGGGUGUCCAGAAUGUCCAAGUGUGAAGAGCGGAAGUGUUUAGUGAAGCGUAGUGAAAUUGCAAUGGUUGGAGGACGAAACCUAAACAUAUGGGUUAGCAUCUUUACCAUGACAGCUACUUGGGUUGGAGGAGCCUACAUGAUGGGUAAUGCUGAAGCGGUUUAUGAUCCCACAAAGGGUUUGGUUUGGACUGUUGCCCCAGUUGCCUACUUCUUCAAUCUUAUAGGAGCUGUCUUCUUAGUCAAACCUAUCCGGUCGAAGAACUACACCAUCAUGGACCCAUUUCAAGAGAAAUAUGGCAACACUAUCACUGCUCUUCUCUUCAUUCCUGCUGCAAUAGCAGACAUCUUGUGCAUAGCAUGUAUUCUUAGUGCACUAGGAGGGACAUUAAGCGUGGUCAUGGAUAUCAAAUCCACACUGGCUGUGACUGUGUCUGCAGCUGUGGCUGUUGUUUACACAUUAAUGGGAGGUCUGUAUUCUGUGGCCUAUACUGAUGUCAUUCAGCUGAUCUUCAUGUUCCUUGGAUUGUGGCUCUGUGUGCCAUUUAUCCUGACAAGCCCAUUUGCUGCCAACGUCACCACUGCUGCAGUGUCAAAGUUGUACCAGGAGCCGUGGCUUGGGAAGGUACAGCUUGAAGAUGCUGGAGCCUGGAUAGACAACUUCCUGCUUCUGGCGAUUGGAGGCAUGUGCUACCAGUCCUUAUACCAACGAAUCCUGUCCACAGCCACCGACACUCAAGCAAAGGUCACCCUUUACGCUUCCUCAGCUAUUUGUCUAAUUUUUGGCAUCCCUUCAGUUGUCAUUGGAGCAGUGGCUGCAUCUACUGAUUGGAACCAGAUGUCCUUCGGUUCACCGAGCCCAUUUGAACAGGGCAAAAGUGGAAUGAUCUUACCAGUUUCCAUCCAGUGUCUUUGCCCGUUCUACGUCUCUUUGUUUGCUAUGGGAGCGGUGGCAGCUGCUGUGAUGUCAUCAGCAGACUCCGUCCUUCUAUCGGCCGCAUCUUCAUUGGGUCGAAAUAUUUUCAAGAAUAUUAUCUACAAAAGGGCAUCAGAAAAACAUAUUCUCUUGGCGGUUAAGGUGUCCUUCCUCCUGUGUGGACUGUUGGGAGCAGGCCUGGCCAUGACAUCAUCUUCCAUUGUCUUGUUUUGGUUUUUCAGCGGUGAUGUCAUGUUUUCAAUUAUGUCCGCCCAGGUGAUAUGUGUCUUUUUGCGUAAUUGGGUCAACUACUACGGGGCCUGUUCAGGUUUUGUACUUGGACUGUUGUUGCGGGUUUUGGUUGGUGAACCUCCCUUAGGAAUUCCUGACAUCCUCCCCCUGCCGUGGGACAGGAUACAGGAGGAUGGUCAUCAUCGCCGUUUGUUCCCUUUACGGCCAUAAUGUUGAUUUCUUUUGCAUUCAUUUUAGUCACAUCACGCUUGACAGGCUGGUUAAGUGAGAAACGAGUGCUGAAAAUCAACCUUCCUGCUGCAACAGAUGAACUACAUACUGACAACUACCAAGGAAAUCUGAAAAACAAAAUUGAUGAUGCACCAAAUAGUGAACAAGUGCCCUUAUCAGCCCAAGGAAACAAUGAAGAAGAGACAAAACAUUAAA